CUCAUUACCCCCCAAAGACGUGAAUGUUUUUCAAUUCAAUGCAUUUUUGAAUAAUUUUACAUCAAUUUGAAAGCUGUGAACUUUUCCAUAUUCUCCAAAUCCAAAAAGUAGAUUCAGAAAAUAUUUUUGUUUGAAAAAAACAAACAAAACUGACUAACGGUUCACUAAUAAUUGUUCAAAAGGAGCAUGACUUGAUCAUACUACUACUAAUAGCCUCUAGCCUAGACCCUGAGUUCCCACAUCCAGACCUCCAGGCACACCUGCACCAGCUGAUGCUCAUGCACUGAUUCAACAGUAAGAGCUGGUGAGGUGCAUCAGGUGUGUUCACAACAUAACACAAGGGAUAUGUUGCUUACUACUAUUCUUGUGUAAUUGAUUUUCUUUCCGCUGCCAGUACAUUGAUGACGAUGACAGCAGUGUGAACAGUAGACGGGCUACUGCCAAAAGACUCGCAUUUUAUGGGUUCACUGUGUUUAGCAAAUUAACAUUUAUAAUAAAGGCAUCGUAUUCAAACAACUUCUUGUUCUGAUUCAUUUACUUUUUUAAAAACUAGUAGAUGAUUUCUUCUUAUCGUCAAUAUUAUGUAUGCUUUCUACUUGAAGGGCAUUCGAUCUAGUUAACUAAUUCAUUUCCCAUUCAGUGAGAUUCACUGUACACCAUUGUACCAGUGCUUACAGUGAUCACUUUAAGCCAACCUUUGGCUGGCUAGUUGUGCCGGACAUUAUUUUUUGAUGCUAUAUUGUACAGGAAACAAAUCAUAUCACGUUAGUUCUCAUUCCCCGUCUCAUCCCGCGUGUCGGCUCUUCCAGAUGCUUUCUGCGUAAUCUUUUUUAUUUAUACGGCUUAGACACGGCGCAAAAAUGCUUAGGUGCUGCGCCAAAGCCGUAUAAUGUCUCGGAAAACCCUGAACAAAACGGAAAAAGUGCAGCUCUGCAUCACUUUUUUUCUCUUUUAGUGAGUGUAGACAGCGGUGAGUGUGUUUCUUCCACACCAGUGUGGUUACAAAGGUCAAGAUUAAGCAUCCCUCUGGGAGUGUGUGACACCACCGUGAGUCUUCAAGCCCUUAGCCCACCUAAUGCCUGAUCUACUAUGACCAUGUUUUACUGUCCAGGUUGGUUAUAAGGCCGGACAAUAAUACCAGACCUGGCUACUGUUCUCUGAUCAUUACCAUAUGGGGAGCACUAUUGCAGCUGAAACCCCUUUCUGUGUCCGUUUCCUCUCAAACAGUCCUGACAUGCUGAAUAAUCCCAUGACUCCCAGUAAAUUCUCUCCUGUGGCCAGCACAACGCAAUGCCGCCAGGGGAGGCAGCUUGGACACUGCUGUUGUGAGGUGUAUGUCCCAUUAAGUGAUAAAUAUAGCAUGUCAUUAUUUCAAAUAUCAUUUAGAUCGUGUGUAUCUAGUAGGACUUAAAUGUUUAUUGGUCCCUACCAUAUGGAGGAGCAGGAAUGUUAUUGGAGUAUACACAACUUACAAGUUUCUCAAAACAGUAAAGUAAAAAUGGAGUUAUACCUACUGUAUAUUAACCUUAAAAAAAUAAAAUAAUAACCCUCACCCUAAUACUAUCGUGCAACACCAAUCAUUCACCCCUAUCCACCAACUGGUAGGGGAAUUUUAAGAAGUUAAAAAAACUGAAAAUAUGCACUAUUACCAAUCACAUGACAUCGUUCACCAGUGAUGAUGAUCUGGCAGUGAACAAAGCUGAGGGAAUAUUGUGACUAGUUUGGCUGACCAGCCUGUGCACAUUGUAACAAUGGAAGCCAAAUGUUGUGUUUCUUUUUGGUUGCAAAUGGUCAGUUUGUUGUCUUUAAACACACUCAGUUACAUGUUAGAGUACAGUUCCAGUUUAAGUGCACGUUAACAAUAGCACAGUUACGAAACAGUACCAAGCCACAUCAGUUGGGUGUUACAACGUAGCAGGUAAGAGAUCAAAUACAAACCAGGAAGCUCAGUCUGAAGGUUUAUUUAACACAAAGAAACCACUGGGGGUAGUCAUUUCAAGCCUGUACAGUACAACACCGGAACAUUACAGUAACAAUGUUACAGUGUCUCUUACAUCUCAUUGCCAACAACAAUGUAGCACAAAGCUACAAGCUACAUGCUACAGUCCACCUGGAUAGUGCUCUUGUACAUAUUGUUGCUGGCAAAUAAAUACAUCUGAUCUCUUCAUCAUAUUGCAACAUGCUGCCCCGUAAGUUUAGCCAGGACCAACUUUUCUGCCACACUGGGUAACAGCUUUUAUGGGACCUUCUGCAGAGGCAUUCCCACUGCACCAACACUGUAGUCUACUUUACAGUUGGUGGACGUAUUACUGGCGACCAAGUGCAGUGUUGACGUUGGUGCAAUUUGGACAUGCCAAACCAAGCAAUUGGCUUUCUCUGAACGGGAUGGCAGCCCGAAUGGCCACGCCCCAAGUGAAAAGGCCUAUUGUCUUCUUCUACUUGGGCACCCUGUCUCAAUACGGUCCUUUUCAGAGAGGAAGUUACCUAGAAAGGGGGGAAAUAAUUCUGAAUAUUUCAUAUUUGUGUCAGAGCUAAAUUAAUUUUCUCAUUUUCUGCUACUAAGGUGAAUGUUGUAUUUAUUUAUUUUUUUCAAUUUCCCAUGUUUGGCCCUUGCAUGCAAAGCACUUCUAUAAAGUUUAUGUUUAUCGUUGGAGAUGUCGCUGUGUAAUUACCAUUUACAUUUCUUGUGUUAUACUGUUGAAAAUCAUCACUUCUUCUAAAUCAGAUUCUGGUUAUCACUCAUGGAACAACCACUUACAGAUUUUGGUCUCAAAGGUGCUACAUAUUUCAUGUAGUUCACAUUUUGUGCCACUAGUCUUAAUUCUGACAAAACGGUAAUUUGCUAUACGUCCUUCUCAUUUGGUUACAGGAUUUAACCCGCUCAAUCACAAGUCAUUUGGGUUUGAUAUAUCAAAGUUCAAACACCACACAGAGCACCUUUGAGAAAACACUCUGCAGUACAGUUUUUAACUUGUGUCAACGUUGUUCUCUUUUCCCUCCUGAAGCAAAGCUAAGCCGCCGCCUCAGAUCUCCCCUAGCAAGUCCAGUGGAGGAGAGUUCUGUGUGGCCGCCAUCUUUGCCUCGCCUCGCUCCUGGUUCAUCACCAACCCUAACAUGAAGAGAGAGAAAGAUCAGGCCAGGCAGUCUGUUGUCGACUCGCUGUACAUCAUCAGUUGCUAUGGUAACUUGGUGGAGCAUGUCCUGGAGCCACGGCCAAUUAGCACUGCUCAAAAGAUUAGUGAUGACACACCUUUGGAGCUCAGCACCUGUCCAAGGGCCUGCUGGACUCUAGCCAGGACUCCACAAUGGAAUGAGCUGCAGCCACCCUUCAACUCCAACCACCCCUUGGUGUUGGCCUCAGACCUGGUGCAGUACUAUCAGUAUCUUCUGGCUGCGAUGCCCCCAGGAAGUCCAGGCCCGAUCACCCGCCACGAGUCGUCAGACAGCCUGGCAUCAGACCACAGUGGGCAGGAGGAUGAGGAGUGGCUCUCUCAGGUGGAAAUUGUGACCCAUACAGGGCCUCAUCGGCGACUGUGGAUGGGCCCCCAGUUCCAGUUUAAGACCCUUCACCCUUCAGGCCAGACCACAGUCAUCUCCUCCUCAUCCUCAGUGCUUCAGUCCCAGGGCCCCACUGAUGUCCAACAGCCACUGUUGGACUUUGACACAGACGACUUGGACCUACACAGCCUGAGAAUCCAGCCGGUACGUUCAGAGCCAGUCAGCAUGCCCGGCUCAUCACGGCUGGUGGCAGAUCGUAGAGGGCAGUCCAACCUCAUGGACACAGGAUCAGGUAGGAAUAUUUUUGGCUUCUCUCUGGUGUAUUUGAAUACAACCUCAUUACAUUGCUUCCUCUAUUUCAUCCUUCUCCUACCUGUUUCAAUUAGAUGUAGUUCAUUCUACUCCAUCUACCUUACUGCAGUCUCUCAUUGUCUGAAGGUGGUGUAUCCCAUUAAUCACAAUGUGGUGCUGUCUACGUGGUCCAUGUUUAGGUAUAUCUACAUUCACAGUCAACACGACACAUUUUCAAAAAAAGACAGUGUGUAAGACACUAGUAGCAGGUAGCAGUCGAUGCCGUUCUUUUCCUACUUGACAUUUACACUUCCUGUAUUGACCUCUCUCAACCACGUCGACUGACAACUGAAGUCUCAGUGUUACAAUACUGUUUAAUGAGGCAAUGGAAAAGAAAACUAAAUUGUCUAAAUGUGCCUGAUUACAGUUAAUAAUAAUAAAUAAUGAUACAUUUUAUUUGUAUAGCGCUUUAAAAGGUACUCAAAGACACUUUACAUGGUAAAAACAGAAACAAUAGAAGAUGACAUCAUAAUAGUAAGGAACAACACGAAAAAAAGUACGAUGAUGUACGAGUUGUACCAUCUUACCUGCUUCACAUGUUCUAACCCCCCAUGUUCUUCCCUGAUUGGAAGGACUUAAGUUACCUUGGGAAAGGGAUGCAGAGGGAGUGACAUUGUAAAGACUUUAAAACUGCAAAUGUUGUCAUCAUCAAAUAUUCUACGAUGAUUUCCCAUCUGAGAGGUCGUUAAGAGAUGUGGUGAAUGACUUGUUUCGAGGUUGUAGCUAAAGGAUGUCCGCUCCGCUGAAAUCGCAGCGCAGACGAUAUAUAUGAGUCAACUCUAAAAUAGUUCAAAAAUUACAUUUUUGCUUUUCAGCUACGUAUAAUUACCUUAUUAUUCACUCUGUUAUUUAAUACUCAGUCCUCUUGCUUUGUAUAAUGCUGAUAUCUUAUUAGUCAGCAUGAUAUCUACUAAGGACCUCGUAUUGGGAAUACUAAGCUGUGUGGGAAAUCUCACAAUUCCUGUUGUGUGCUGAUUUGCCCUGUGUCAGCGAAAUGUUGUUAAAAUGUACAUUAACAUCCCAGCGUCACACAACAUCCUCCAACAUGUGUAAUUUGUCAUAAUUGUAUCAAACAUGCUUGAUAAUACAUUAGCAGUGUUCCUACUUAGAAAUGAACAUUUGUAUUGGAAAACAAUAAUCUAUAAUUAUAAUUUAUUCAUAUCCUGAGCAUAUUACUGCCUACUCUAACUACUAUUUCAUGUACUCUGUUGACAACCUGAGUUCAAUGGUAAAGGGUUUUCCCUUGCUGUUGUCUAACACCAGCAAAAUCGCAUCCGAGUGGAUUAUAAGUAAUCAGUCUUUUAGCCAUUCAGCAGCUUUGCUGCGUCCCACCAUGCACAGCUGUGAGUGUUGCACCGCAUCCAUGUUGUUUUCCUUCCUAUCGUUGUGUGCUUGGUGCCCUUAUUCUGUAAUUAGAUAGACUGCGAUUGUUUGAAUAGGCCUGUAAAGUCUAUCAGCCAUCGAAUACGAUUGAUUUAGUUUCAAGUGAUUUUGAUGUCCCUCUACAUGUCUCCUUUAAUCUGGUUACGAUGUUAGGCUAAUCCAAUCACACACAGAUGAGAGGAUUUCCCCUUCAAAAUAUGUCUUUUACUCUCAAAGUAUAAUGCUGUUACAUGGGUCUUGUGAGUGUGCGUGUUUGUAUGUGUGUGUGUGUGUGUGUGUGUAUGUGUGUGGGGAUUAUGCCUGGUAUUUGCUGCCAGUGUGGGUGAGGGAACCAUCACUUAUUGCGUGACAUUAUAUCCUGUUGCCUUUUGUUUGAUAAAAGAGAUACAGGAGUGUCUGUGGCGUCUGUGGCAUUAUCUGCUGUGUCUUGAGACAGAGACUUCACCCAUCUGAUCUGACAGAUAGCCACCCCUGGCUUUUUUUCACUCGGGUGUCAACAAAUAUUUACAGCUUGUGUCACAAAAAGGUGUGUCACAAAUAGUUUCACAUAUCUGGUAGGAUGUUUUUCUUCGCACCCUUGCUCUGCUUUUCAACACAUACCAAGAGGUGCUUUGCAGCACACACAACUGUAAAAAUGCACAUGAACGUAGAUAUGGUUUGUUUGCCACCUUUGUUAUUUUCAACUGAACACUGACUAGUUUGGACAUAGAUUGUAUAUAAGAUGGACGACAUGUCAGACUUAUAUACAUAGACUGUAUAAAUUGUUAGCUAGCUUAGCAACAUCUACAUUGACAGUAAGAUUCAGUGUCAGUAGACACGCAGAUGACGUUUCUGUAACAUGAAUCGUGAGUCUGUGUCAUAAAACAUGCAUCAAUUUGAGCAGAAAUGUAUUUAUAGAGAUAUUAUGGUUAGCUGUUGUAGCAUUCUAGCCAAACAGCUACCGUGGUGCUAACAUCGGUUAAGCAGCUUGGUGGCUUCAACACUAACCAGCUGUGCUGUGCUUCAAUUGGGUCGGUGAGGUGUAUGGAAAUAAAUCAUAAAUUGAGAGGUGGAAGAUUGGUUUUGGAUGCUGCCUGAUACACAACAUCAGCGUAAUCUAAUAUGGGUUAAAUGAGAUGCAAUGCAAGUUUCUUUCUAACAGUCAAUGAAAAGCAGUUUCUGGAUCGGGAAAGGACACCAAUAGUUCAUUUCAUCCACGAUGUAAUUACUAUGGCAUGUCCAUUUAAGUUCAGAGUCAGACUGAAUGCCCAGGUAUUUGGUGUGUUCAACAGUUUGCAGUGGCGUACCAUCAACUCAGGCUAUAACACAUGAGUACGCUUUAGAUUUAGAUGUAAUGCUUUAGUGUGAGGUUUAGUGUUAUUCACUAGUAAUUUAUAAGCUGCUAGCCGGUGUUGAAGGCUGCUAAAAUCAUUCUGCAAAGCUGAUUCAAUUUGUUUUAGAUGUGCAUAUUACCGUAUCAUCCACAUAAAGCUGAACACAACAUUCAGAACAAAUUGAGGAAAUAAAGUGGACCCAGAGUUGAGCCUCGAGGCACGCCUUGUUCUUGUACUAAUGUAUCAGAUGUGCUUCCUUGAAUGGCAACACAUUGUUUUUCAAAUACUUUUGCCACAAAACAAAUAACAGAAGUUCAAGUUCAUUGUCACCUUUCUGCAAGGCAGUGAUGUGUGAACAUUUUCAUGUGGCAGGUAUUUCACGAGUCGAUGAAUAGAUGUUAAAGAGUUCACAAAAAGGGGACAAAAGAAUGUGGGGCGAUUCAAUAGCAUCCAAGCCAGGACCACCACUCCCUCUUGGAUCAUUCAAGGCACUCUGGACCUCAACAAGUGUUAUCACUGCUUAAUGGAUGACAUAUUUAUUUAUUGCAGAACUGAUGUAAUAUAUGUGCCACAAAUUUAGGUUAUACAGUAUACUUAGUUAUUUGUUCUUUUCCAUGUGGGUUUUGAUAAGAUUUUUGUUUUCCAUAUUGAAAUAUGUCUCAAUAGAGACUAGAGGGUGUUCUAUGAGACUAGAGUGUGCUACUUCAAUAAUUAUAUAUAUGUUUUGUGUUUGUUAUCAGUUAUUGAAUAAAUAAAACUUAUAGCAAUAUAUAAUUGCAUUGUGCAUUUAUGAUUCAUUAAUAUUUCCAAGGCAGCGGUAAAGACUGACCAGUGGGAUCAAGUAGUUAAAUGUUUGCUCCCACUUUCACCAGUUAAAGUACAUCAUCAGGCCUACUCUUUCUUUCUCCUUCUUCUCUAUCUGUACCCUUCCGUCUGCCCAAAGUCGUAUUCGUGGUUCUUCUGUCUCCAGCCGUGUCCUCUGUGUUUUCAGUUUCUUUAAUAACUGGUUCAGAGCAGAGAGAGGCAGGAGGACAGAGCCAGGCGGAGGGAUGGAGGUGAUGCUUAUCAGUGUGCAUGUGUGUGUGCGUAAGGAGGGUUCAUUGUUGUGUCCUGCCACUGCCAUGGCGCCGCCUCUUAUCACACACGCACACACACACAUCACUUUUGUCUCACCCUGUGAGGAACAUGUCUGUGUGUGGCACAACUAUCCAAAAUAAGUUGAAAGUAGUUUUUUUUUUUUGAUUGAAGGAGACAAUUGAUACUCAAAUUAAAAUCAAAGUAUGUCCAUUGAUUUCCAGUUGUGCUAAUAAGAACACAGUGAUAACUGGCACAAAGUUGUUGAAUUGAGGUUGACACCUUUCUGAGAAUGUUGUAGCACUUUAGGUUUAACCAGUGGUGGGCCGUCAGGGCCAGCUAAGCCUUCUCUGCUGGCCUAAACACAAUCACAAAGUUUUUCAC